AUGCAGCCCACGGGCCUUGAAGGUCCCCACGUGCUCGGCCUGCGGCCUCUGCUGCGUCUGCUGCUUCUGCUGUGGCUGCUACCGUGGCCCAUAACCCGCACCCAGGCCGUGCCUGGCGCCUCCAGCGCCCCGACAGUGCUGGGACCCACCAGAGCCCCGACCAGGCCAGGCACCCCCAGCGUCCGGAGUACGCGGGAGCGCGUGCAGGCCCUGAUGCGGGACUUCCCGCUCGUGGAUGGCCACAACCACCUGCCCCUGCUCCUGAAACAGCUUUUCCAGAACAGGCUGCAAGAUGUUAACCUACGCAACUUCAGUCGUGGCCAGACCAGCCUGGACAAGCUUAGGGAUGGCCUCGUGGGUGCCCAGUUCUGGUCAGCCUACACCCCAUGCCAGUCCCAGGACCAGGAUGCUGUGCGCCUCACACUGGAGCAGAUUGACCUCAUUCAUCGCAUGUGUGCCUCCUACUCUGAACUGGAGCUUGUGACCUCAGCCAAAGGUCUGAACAGCACUCAAAAGCUGGCCUGCCUCAUUGGUGUGGAAGGUGGUCACUCACUGGACAGCAGCCUCUCUGUGCUGCGCAGUUUCUAUCUGCUGGGAGUACGCUACCUAACACUCACCUUCACCUGCAGCACGCCCUGGGCAGAGAGCUCCACCAAGUAUAGACACCACUUCUACAUCAACGUCAGCGGGUUGACAAGCUUUGGUGAGAAGGUGGUAGGGGAAAUGAACCGCCUGGGCAUGAUGGUGGACUUGUCCCAUGCAUCGGAUGCCUUGGUGCGGCGAGCUCUGAAGGUGUCGAAGGCUCCUGUGAUCUUCUCCCACUCAGCUGCCAGGGCUGUUUGCGACAGUUUGCUGAAUGUUCCCGAUGACAUCCUGCAACUUGUGAAGAAGAAUGGUGGCAUUGUGAUGGUGACGCUGUCUAUAGGGGUGCUGCAGUGCAACCUGUUUGCUAAUGUGUCCACUGUGGCAGAUCACUUUGACCACAUCAGGGCAGUCAUUGGAUCUGAAUUCAUCGGGAUUGGCGGAAAUUAUGAUGGGUCUGGCCGGUUCCCCCAGGGGCUGUCGGACGUGUCCACAUACCCGGUACUAAUAGAAGAGUUGCUGAGACGUGGCUGGAGUGAGGAGGAGCUCCAGGGCGUCCUUCGUGGAAAUCUACUGCGGGUCUUCGGACAAGUGGAACAGGUGAGAGAUGAAAACCGUGGUCAGAGCCCUUCAGAGGAUGAGUUUCCAGACAGGCAGGUGGGCAGGUCCUGCCACUCUCACCUCCUGUCCCAGCCUCACAGAGAACACCUGGCCACACACCUGGAGAUGACCAAGUGGCCAACCAAUCAUGUUCUCCAAAGGCCUUCGAAAGCCUCCCCACACCUUGUUCUAAGCCUUGAGGCUUCUGCCAUCUUCUCAGUUCUCAUCCUGUGGCUCUGGUGA